AUGCUCAAAUCCACCGACUUCGUCAAAUUCAAAACCAAUGUCCAAAAACAUUUGGAGACCCAGGCUGAACAGGUGCAACAGCACGAGAACCUUGUCAGAGAGAUUCGUUUGGCAUCGCACCACCCUGUUGAGCAAGAACCUGCCACAAUUCCGGUACACAUCAGCCCACUGGAGAACACUGCGGUAGAACUCGGGAAGGCAUGUGCUCAAGUCUCAAAAUCUUCCACUCAGUUGUUGAAAUCCAGCUAUGAAUGGCUUCAGGCCGACCACGAUUAUUUACUUCGACGGACGAUUGCCAUCAACCUGGAAUUCGAGCUCAAGCGGCAACUAUUCCCAGCCCUAGAUUCCUCAUCAAGACAACGGUUACCGUCAGCUUGGGAGAGUUUGCAGCAAGCAAAGAAGAUCAAUCCUCAUCACGCGUCACGCAUCUCCAAAGAAUGGUUUCCCUCUCCAAAAGACCAGCAGAACUUCUUCCUUGCAAUGCGGCUUCUCAAAAGUGCAUCUUCUGCUGUCCACCCAGUCAACACCAUCAAAGGUGCACCCAUGACAGUCUCAACAUCAUCUGCACUUUUGCAACAAGAUUUCAAACCCGUGCCAACUUCAUCUGCCUCCUUGAAUGGCCUUCAGUGGGAUGAUGAGAAGAAAAAACUCAUCAGUCACUUGGUCAAACAACUCGGAAGUGUGCGGGCACGCAAUGGCCAUCCCCAAUUACUUCUUUCUUGA